AUUCCUCCAAACCAGUUCCAACAAUAACAGCAACUCCUGCUGCAGCUGCCUCGGUAGAGAGAAGAUGUGUUUUGCCUUUCUCUGCUGAGGGAUGAAGCUUCCCAACCCGUGUGAUGUGAGCAGGUGAGGAUGUCUGCUGACAAGCCCAAAUGAUAUUUCCAGGUGUUCUACUGAUCUUGGCACUGACAGAAGAGCUGGUGUUUUCUGUUCAGGUACUGUCUCCCACUGUCUCCUCCUCUCAGGGCUUCCCGAUGGACACUACCACUGUCACAGCCAUGGGAACAACACCUCGCCACAAAGACCACCACGCAGCAGAGCCCCUUCCCACGUCUGCUCACACCGUGCCCCAUUCCAUCAAUGUGGUGGAGAAAGCCCCUUCCAUGGGGCAGAAGCAAGGGAGCAGCUCUCACCUCGGCGACAAGGAAACGUAUCAUUUACACAACCAGAGUGCUUUGUACUCGGGACAGACUCGCCCCAAGGGGAAAAUAUUCCAGGUUUUCAAAGGCAACUUCACAGAGUCCUCAGAGCCUUACCUAAAGACGACCCUACACUCUCCCUUCCCUACCCUGAGGAGCCCCUUCACAGACCACCCCUUUCAGUCCCAGACUGCAGCAUCCGGUGAUCCCAAUGGCAUGGGGCUGGCAAGAACUACACACUCAGAGCCUUCACCCCACCGCAGCACCUCGGGAAGCCUUAGGGAAGCAGAGCAAGGCAAUGGGGCCGAGCUGGUGCUGCAGGAGGCAGAUUUUGCCACCACAACUGCUGGACCAUCAACCGAUCCUGAAGCGGUGUCGGUGCCUUUUAAACCCACCCACUACAGCGUAUGGGAUAUGCUGAGCAAAAACAGCUCUUGGGUAACCUUGAACCUCAGUACAAAUGUCCCUCUGUUUGCUGGCCCUGGAUCUGCCACAGCAGCAUCGGGGCACUCAGUUCAGACCAGUUUUGAUGUCAGUGUCUCCUCCCCAGGUGGAGACCCCAAAGGACCCUCUCCAACCCAGCAUGGGAUGGUGACCAACGUGACCUUGCUAAGCACUGCUCUCUCCACAGCUCCUGCCACCAGGUUGUCCAGCUCCAUUUCCACUGCUGGCUCCACUGCCACUGGGAACUUCCUAAACAGACUGGUUCCUGCUGGGACCUGGAAACCUGGAGUGCAAGGGAACAUCUCCCAUGUCACCGAGGGGGACAAGCCCCAGCACAGGGCAACCAUCUGUCUCAGCAAGAUGGACAUUGCCUGGAUCAUUCUGGCUAUCAGCGUACCUAUAUCCUCAUGUUCAGUUCUGCUGACAGUCUGCUGCAUGAGGAGGAAGAAGAAGACAUCCAACCCAGAAAACAACCUGAGCUAUUGGAACAAUGCUAUUACCAUGGACUACUUCAACAGGCACGCUGUAGAGUUACCGAGAGAGAUCCAGUCACUGGAGACUUCAGAGGACCACCUCUCCGAGCCGCGCUCCCCUGCCAAUGGUGACUACCGUGACAGUGGGAUGGUCCUUGUGAACCCCUUCUGCCAAGAGACACUGUUUGUAGGACACGAGCAAGUGUCUGAAAUAUGAGCCCCCAUCUCCCCCGUACUGCAGUUCCAUCUGUCCCCAGAUUAUAAAUAUAUAUAUAUAUUAUAAAUAUAGCCUUUGUGUAACCCUGAAUUACAAGAAAUGUUUUCAGCUUUUCUUUUCUCCCUCAGAAUUGUCAGCCCCUUUUUUAUAAGUGUGGUAAAACUUUACAGAACUGUGGCUUUAUAAAAUAAAGGUAUUUCUAAGCAAAA